CAGGGCGUGGGACAGAGGGGCGGGGCCAGAGGCGCGAGGCUGGUAGAGCCAGGGCUCCGAGGCUUGCAGCGGUUUCCCGCGGCGGUUCCCCGCGGUGCUUCAGGGCCGAGACUGGCGGGGACGCUGCGCGCUGCAUCGCCCUAGGCUCCCUCCCAUCGAGGAUUCACCGCUUGGCCUGUGACCCCGCCGAGGACGUCGGGGAGUGGUGGCUUAUUAGCUUGGCUCCGGGUUUUCUCAGCCUUGCAAACUGUCUGGGAGGUGGAAUGAAGGCUUACGCCAAAUUUUCUGGUGCACCCUUGAAAGUCAGUGUCAUAGAUAACACCUGGAGAGGUUCAAGAGGAGAUGUACCAAUUUUGACAACCGAAGACAACAUUGUUUCUCAGCCAGCAAAAAUACUAAACUUUUUAAGAAAACAGAAAUAUAAUGCUGAUUAUGAACUUUCAGCAAAACAAGGGGCCGAUACACUGGCUUACAUUGCUCUCCUUGAAGAGAAGCUUCUUCCUGCAGUGCUUCACACAUUCUGGGUGGAGAGUGACAAUUACUUUAAUGUGACAAAGCCAUGGUUUGCUUCACGAAUUCCUUUUCCCUUGAGUUUGAUCCUGCCUGGAAGAAUGUCUAAGGGAGCACUGACUAGGAUCCUCCUGACCAGAGGAGAGCCUCCCCUCUACCACCUCCGAGAAGUGGAAGCACAGAUAUACAGAGAUGCCAAGGAGUGCCUAAAUCUUCUGUCAAACAGAUUGGGAACGUCUCAGUUUUUCUUUGGAGAUACGCCUUCUACCUUGGAUGCCUAUGUGUUUGGUUUUCUUGCACCUCUUUAUAAAGUUCGCUUUCCUAAAGUUCAGUUGCAAGAACAUUUGAAACAGCUCUCCAAUCUCUGCCGCUUCUGUGAUGACAUCCUAAACAGUUAUUUUAGGCUUAGUCUUGGAGGCAUCUCUCCUGCUGGACAAGAAACAGUAGAUGCAAAUCUGCAGAAACUCACACAGCUUGUAAAUAAGGAAUCCAACUUGAUUGAAAAGGUCAAGUUUACUUCAAUCAUUAUUUUAUAGUAGUUUACUAUAUUCCCU